ACUUGGAACACAGAGCCUUGCCUCUAGUAUACGAUGGACAGUACAGGAAACACAACAUUUUGAGGAUUCCACUAUUCAUAAAAAGAAAUUGCAAAGAUCGAUGCAUCCUCUAGCUUGGCAAGAAGAAGACCUUGUGGUCUCUUUGCUCUUGUUGCAGCGUGUUUCUUUUCACACUGAGAGACCAGUGAUGGCCUUACUCCUCUUGAAGAUUGUGUGAUGGCAACAGGGCCUCUUUUCCAUUUCUGGAUAUUAUUACAGUUUUUCAAGGUAUUCUGAGAAACCGCAGAAAUAUGACAUCAUCUUCUCAAAUGGCUCUUUAUGAUACACGAAGACUGUUACCUCAGAGUCAGUCAGCUGUAGACCAUGGUGCAUUAACAGACUGACAAUGUUUCACAGCAACAACAACCCUGAAUGUGGCAACAAGGUGGAGCUCAACAUCACCGGUAGCCUGCCAUACGAUGCCGAAGCAAAACGCAGUAGUCAUAAGAUCGACUGCAUCAUCUGUUUCUCCAACUACAACCUCACCAACAGGCUUCCCAGGCGGCUGUACUGCGGUCACACCUUCUGUCAGGCCUGCAUCCGUCGCCUCGAUUCUGUAACCAACGAGCAAAGAUGGAUCCCCUGCCCUCAGUGCCGCCAAAACACGCCAACACCCCGGGGUGGAGUGGCCAUGCUAGACUUGGACCUAGCUGCCUUUUUAGCAGUGAAGUCUGAGAAGGACAGCCCACGGUCAGCCAGCAAGACUUUAGACACAGAUUCAGAACUCAAAGUUUUUGCAAAGAACGUUCCGAUCAGCAGGCAGCCCACGGGCAGCUGCCAAGAGUCUGUCUCCGAACCACGAUUUCCCAGGAGGAUAUGCUGUAAAAAUUGCUUCUGCUGUCCCUGUUGUUCUUGUGUGUGAGAGAUCCAGAAUACAGUGAAGGCCAACCAGUGGGAAAAAGCAGCGAUGGGAUAUUGUCCAUCAUUAAAAAUUAUCCACAUGCAAAGUGCAAAUAGUUAUCAUCGACCAAUCAGAAUCUCGUUAUACAAGCUGCAGUGGUAGAAGAUGGAUUCAGAUUACUUGGUCCGGGUUUUGCUCUUUUCCCAUUCUACUUUUAUGGAAAAGGCCCACACACAGCACAUGUACUGCAUAUAGUGAAAAUUGCUCAACAUAUUCUAAAGUGCACUGAGGCCUCGUACACACCA